AUGAAUUGCUGCCCGCCGAAUUCGCUGCCUGCCAACCCCACCGCGAGCGACGCCACGCCCAUCAAGGCGGGCAACACAGACGACUUCUUCUACGACAACGCCACUACCUCCACCCUCGUCCUCGUCUUCCCCGACAUCUACGGCCCUGACUCUGGUCGCACCAAAAACAACUGGUCCAACUCAGCGCACGUUGUCGAGUGGUUUGUAGCCCGGCCGUUUGAACUCCUCGUAGCCAAAAUCCACAACAUUGUAACGCAUUUCCAAGCCAACCAUGGCGUCACCACGUUUGGCGCGGUGGGGUCCGCCGAGAAAACGCUACCUGCCCGAGACAUUUCCCACAAACUGCGCGAGUUUCCGCUAGUGUCGCAUGGCUGGGUAAACCGAGGAGACCUGACCGACGCCGACACCUCGGAGGCUGUCGAUGCAGCGUGGCACGACGAAGCAGUGCCGUUCUUGCAACAACAUUUGGCCACCAAGAAUAUUCCAUGA